AACCACUGAGCUAAAUCCCUGGCCCCUAUUUUUAUUUUUUGAUGUAUCUGUUUUCAUGACUGCUGCUUUUCUCAGGCCCAUUUUAUUCCAUUUCCAAUUUGAGUUGAAGGCUUAGCUCAUUCAUCUUCCUCUGUAUUUUCCCUGCCCAGUUCCCUCAUCUCCUCCUCUGCCCCCAACCCAGGUGAUCACCAAUGAGCUGCACCCACCUCUGUCCUGUCAAGGGCCAUCCUCAUGUAGGCCUGAGCUGCUUGGGAGAAGAUUCCAGAACUCGGGGGUGGCAGUGUUUUUCUGGCAGAAGUUCUCAGCCAUUGCCUGUGGGAAUAGAGCAAGAGAAGGUGAACAUGAGCAAGGAGCUGGGUCCAGAUGCAGCCGCUUACUGCUGCCCAGCAUGCCAGGGCGAUGAGAACUGGAGCUGCAGACACCCAAUCCGCGGCCGGGCCAAGUCCCGAAGCCUGUCGGCCUCACCUGCCCUGGGCACCACCAAGGAGUUCAGGAGGACACGCUCUCUCCAUGGCCCGUGCCCAGUGACCACGUUUGGACCAAAGGCCUGCGUGCUGCAGAACCCCCAGACCAUUAUGCACAUUCAGGACCCUGCGAGCCAGCGGUUGACGUGGAACAAGUCCCCAAAGAGCGUGCUGGUCAUCAAGAAGAUCCGAGAUGCCACCCUGCUUCAGCCCUUCAAGGAGCUCUGCAUGUACCUCAUGGAGGAGAAUGGCAUGAUUGUGUAUGUGGAGAAGAAGGUGCUGGAGGACCCCGCCAUUGCGAGUGAUGACAACUUCGGACCAGUGAAGAAGAAGUUCUGCACCUUCCGGGAAGAUUACGAUGACAUUUCCAACCAAAUAGACUUCAUCAUAUGCCUGGGCGGGGAUGGGACGCUGCUCUACGCCUCCUCGCUGUUCCAGGGCAGCGUGCCUCCUGUCAUGGCCUUCCACCUGGGCUCCCUGGGCUUCCUGACCCCGUUCACCUUCGAGAGCUUCCAGUCGCAGCUGACCCAGGUGAUCGAAGGCAAUGCUGCCGUCGUGCUCCGGAGCCGGCUGAAGGUCAGGGUGGUGAAGGAGCCCCACAGUAAGAAGAUGGCCGAGCACAACGGGCUCAGCAAGAACGGGCUGCCGGAACCCCCACUGGAGGGAGGGAAGCAAGCUAUGCAGUACCAGGUCCUGAAUGAGGUGGUGAUCGACCGGGGCCCCUCCUCGUACCUGUCCAAUGUGGAUGUCUAUCUGGACGGACACCUCAUUACCACGGUGCAGGGUGAUGGAGUGAUCGUAUCCACCCCAACGGGCAGCACAGCAUACGCAGCUGCAGCCGGCGCCUCCAUGAUCCACCCCAACGUGCCAGCCAUCAUGAUCACACCCAUCUGCCCCCACUCGCUCUCCUUCCGGCCCAUCGUAGUCCCUGCAGGGGUGGAGCUGAAGAUCAUGCUGUCACCAGAAGCCAGGAACACUGCAUGGGUGUCCUUGGACGGAAGGAAGCGGCAGGAGAUACGCCAUGGAGACAGCAUCACCAUCACUACCUCCUGCUACCCGCUCCCCUCCAUCUGCGUCCGCGACCCUGUGAGCGACUGGUUCGAGAGCCUGGCACAGUGCCUGCACUGGAACGUGCGCAAGAAGCAAGUCCACUUCGAGGAUGGGGAGGAGGCGGAGGGCUAGGCUGGGCCCAGGGCUGCGGCGAGGUCGGAGCUCCGCGCUGGCUUCUGUCCUGCCAGGCUGCAGCGGAGCAGGGACAUUGUCCACCUUUUGUGACCAGAUCAGCUUUUUAACAUUUUUAAAUCUGACUUUUUUCAUUUCUGAAGAAGCAAAGUGAGCACUGGGUGGGAAGCCUACCCAUCCCGGAGCAGGGCUUUCCACUGUCAGUUUGUGGAGUUCAGCGGCCUGGACAAUGACCAGUCCUUUGAUGUCGAAGUAAAUGUCUCAGCCAAAAGUCUUCCUUAAGCAGCAGUGCUUUUCCCCUGGACCUGUAACCUCCCCUCAGCUCUGGGGGCCUCUGUGCUUCGCUGUGGACUGGCAGGGCCAUCCAGACCCCACAUUCCAAGCACCAGGCGGCGGCGCCAGCUCCUGGAAGAUGUUUUAAAUCCUGUGUGUACUUUUUAGAGGUUCUUUUACACGUUCUGAAGUGCUUAUGUACAUAUUUUCUUGUACACACUCUGUGAAGCUUGAGCAGGAGGGAAUGUUCUGUGUCCUGUUUACACUGUGUAGGGGAGGCAGUUGCUGGGGCCCAGUGCAGGACCUGUGGGAUAGAUCGCAUGGGUGCCGUGGGCAGCUGGACUCCCUGGCUUCCUCCCUCAGUUUGCUUGUGAGGUUUUGCCCUUGCCUGAUGAGCUGGGGGAGCAGGAAGAUGGGGCCGGCCCUCUGCUGCAGGGGGUUGGGGACUGCAGGUCACUGACUCUUGUGUGUCUAUUAAGCAUGGGUUCUCGCCGGGUGUGAGGCUGAGGCAGGAGGAUUGCGAGUUUAAGGCCUGCCCAUGGACCUCUGUGAGACCCUGUCUCAAAGUGAGAAAUGAAAAGUGCUGGGCAUGUGGCUCCAUGGUGAGCCUCGCCCAGCACUUGAGAGAGAGCCCUGGGUUCCAUCCCGUCUCCCACUGGCACCAGGACCCAAGUGUCAGGCCAUCCUACUGGAGGCUUGUGCCCAGGGUCUGUCCUUACCUACGUCUAUGAGCAGGGCAGGGCCUGCCACGUGGAGCUGGGUCACCGGUGUAGGGGAAAGUGGGUGGUACCAAGACAUCCCGGUCUGCUGCUGCUGGGUUUUUGAAGUAAAUUCUUAAUGUUUCCUAUUGUUAAUAUCUUGGAAAUUUGUUAAUUAUUGCUGAAAGCCUUAUUACUAUUUUCAGAUCCUUUCAAUAAACUUGUAAAAAAAAGAGCUGAA